CUUUAAAAACAUUUGAAUACAUACGUUGUUCUUCACAUAGAAUAAUUCUUCAUUUUUUUUUUGUUUUAACAGUCUUUAAUUUUAUUGUUGUAUAAAAAAAAUAUUUUAAUUGUUUCAAAAUGAUGGGCCAUAUGACUAACGAUGGAGAAAAUUGUGUUCUAAACACGCCAACUUUAAUGAAAGGUGGUAAUUAUAUUAAAGAAGGGUGUGAUUCAGCAAAGAGUACAUGUUUAAUAUUUUCACCACAUACCAAAGAUGAAGUUGGAGCUUUGGAGCGUUAUUUAAAAAUAUUUUCCGAAAAUGGAGUUAAUCUUAUUUACAUUGAAUCUCGCCCCUCAUCAAGAUAUCCAUCACAGUACGAGUUUAUGGUAGAAUGUGCUCCUACCGGUGAUCUUGGUAAUGCUAUUUUAGCUCUUAAAGAACAAACAGAAUACUUCAGUGUUAUAUCCAGAAAUUACAAGGAUAAUUCUGAAACUGUACCAUGGUUUCCACGUCGUAUUCGUGACUUAGAUCGUUUUGCCAAUCAAAUUUUGUCUUAUGGAUCUGAACUAGAUGCUGAUCAUCCAGGUUUUACUGAUGAGAAAUAUCGACAACGUCGAAAAUACUUUGCAGAUAUUGCGUAUAAUUACAAACAUGGACAACCAUUACCACAUGUAGAUUAUACACCAGAAGAAAUUAAUACUUGGGGAAUUGUAUUUCGAAAAUUAACUGAAUUGUAUCCUACACAUGCUUGCAAAGAACAUAAUCACGUUUUCCCAUUGUUAAUGGAAAAUUGUGGUUUUCGAGAAGAUAAUAUUCCACAAUUAGAAGAUAUAUCAAACUUUUUAAAAGACUGUACUGGAUUUACAUUAAGACCUGUAGCAGGAUUGUUAUCGUCACGUGAUUUUCUUGCUGGUUUAGCGUUUCGUGUAUUCCAUUCAACACAAUACAUAAGACAUCCCAGUCGACCUUUAUAUACACCAGAACCAGAUAUUUGUCAUGAACUGCUAGGACAUGUACCAUUAUUCGCAGAUCCUGAAUUUGCACAAUUUUCACAAGAAAUUGGUUUAGCUUCGUUAGGCGCUCCAGACGAUUUCAUUGAAAAAUUAGCAACGUGUUUCUGGUUUACGGUUGAAUUUGGAUUAUGUUCCCAAGAUGGAAAUUUAAAAGCAUAUGGGGCAGGUCUUUUAAGUUCGUACGGGGAAUUACAGUAUGCAUUAAGUGGUGAGCCGGAAUUAAGACCAUUUGAUCCGUCAAAAACAGCACUUCAAAAAUAUCCAAUCACAACGUACCAACCUAUUUAUUAUGUUGCCGAAAGUUUUAAUGAUGCCAAAGAUCGAAUGAUAAAAUAUGCACAAACAAUACCUAGAGGAUUUGGAGUUCGUUAUAAUGCUUAUACACAAAGUAUCGACGUUCUUGAUUCAAAAGAACAAGUUUUAUCAUUAGUUCGUAACGUUAAUCAAGAAGUGGAAAUUUUAAUGGAUGCAUUAAGAAAAUUGUAAUCCAGCAUAAUACUUUCCCAUGAAUUUAAUGAAAAAUUUUAAAUUAAAGGUACAUAUUUUUAAAACUACAAAGUGCAAUACUAAAGACUAUAUUCUACGCAUUUUAGUGAAAACAAAUUAUUAUAAUUAAUAUUUAAUUUAGAAAUUACUUAACUUGAGCUUCUUUCAAUUUGUAGUCGUGAUUGAGGAAGUAAAUUUACCUCUUGUUGUUUUCUUAGGUCGGGUAUAAACUCUUUAAAAGAUGGAUUUAUCAAACAAUAUUUUACAAAAUUUCUUUGAGACAGACACGUUUAUAAACCAGCAAUUAAAAAAUUAUAUCAGUUAUUUGUUUUGGAUCGAAUCAAAUGUUUCAUUAGAACUUGCAUGCAUAGCCAGAAUCAGAUGAUGUUUUCUGAAUAUUAUCUGUUUCAGAAACGAAGCGUCUUAUGAAAUCUUGAAUGGGUAUUUAUAGUUAUAAUUCAUAAAUAGGAAUUACAAAAUCUGUUUUGAGAUUAGAGGGAGAUACUUGCGAGUAUUGUUAUCCUAAAUUAAAACAAAAGCAAAAAAAAAUUUGAAUAUUAUGAGAAAUAUUUAUCAAAAUAAUAUCAAUAAAAUAACAGUGUCUGAACAUCAACGCAAUCAAGAGCAAACUAUUGCUCGUGGUUUAUUGAUUAUUUCGUCCAUAUUAUAUUAUUCGUUCACUAAACACAAAAAUUCACUUUCCAUCAUCUUAAUUUGGAACCCGGCCUGAGUUGCAUCAUCAACUGAAAAGUAAAGCUAAAGGACAUUUCAAAAUUAAACAAAGAUUUGUUUUUAUACAAUUUGAAAACAUAU